AAGGACAUUGAAAUCAUUCCUUAUUUCCUCAGAGCAGAAACUAACUCAAGACACACUUGAAAACUUGAACAGGAUCAUCUCUGGCCCGGGAUCAGGUCCAUGAUGCUUCUGUUCAUUUUCGUUUUAGGACUGCUGGACAGUCGAGCCCAUGGUUGGUCUCAACUCAAGAUCUUCGUGAACUCUGAUGUCCUGUCGGGUACUGAUGUGAUUCUGGACUCUGGUUCUCCUCUUCAUCUGAUGUGUGAAGGUGAUGGACCAGUAACAUGGGUUCCUCGGCUGAAUAAACACAAACGCUACAUCUCCAAAGGAACGGGAAACAUCCGGAGUUUUCAUGUGGAUAAAGCCACAGUGGAAUUUACUGGCACAUACACCUGUAGUUACAUCAGCAAAGAUAAAUCGAAUGAAUCUUCCUCUCUGCAUGUGUUUGUGAGGGAUCCACAGGUUCUGUUCGUGAGCCCGAGCACACCUCUUAGUUACGUGCGGAAAGAAGGUGAAGAUCUGCUGUUACCGUGUCUACUGACCGACCCCAACGCCACAGACUUUACAUUUCGUAUGGAUAACAAAUCAGCUCUGCCUCAUGGCAUGAACAUCACCUAUGACCCCAAAAAGGGUGUUCUGAUUCGAAACGUUCACCCCGGAUACAACGCAGACUAUGUGUGCAGUGCAAGAGUAAGGGGAAUUGAGAAAGUUUCAAAGACUUUCAAAAUUAACGUCAUACAAAGACUACGCUUUCCUCCGUAUGUUUUUUUGCAACGAAACGAGUACGUCAGAUUGGUGGGGGAGGAACUUCAAAUCAGCUGUACCACAAAUAACCCAAACUUUAACUACAAUGUUACCUGGACGCACUCCUCAAGAAAGCUGCCUGAUGCUAAGGACAAAUCUACGAUGGCAGGAGAUGGAAUUGCCAUUACGAGCGUCCUCACCAUUCCAGCGGUCCUACUGUCUGAUUCAGGAAACAUCACCUGUACAGGGCAGAAUGAAGCCGGAGCCAACAGCUCCACCACUCAGCUGCUGGUUGUGGAUGAGCCCUACAUUCGACUGUCAGCGAAGCUUUCAUCUAAACUCACCCAUAAUGAUCUGUCCAUUGAAGUCAGUGAAGGAGAUGAUGUAGAUCUGAGGGUUCUGAUUGAAGCGUACCCCCCUAUUAAAUCUCACUGGUGGGAGAUUCCAGUGCCCCAUAAUGCAUCUCUCUUAGAGCAAAAGUUUUACAACUAUAACGACAGGUAUGAAGCCCUGCUGUUUCUCAAAAGACUGAACUUUCAGGAAAUGGGUCGCUACACGCUUCAUGUGCAGAGCGACAAGAGAAACGCCUCCAUUUCAUUUGAUAUUAAAAUGUAUAGGAAGCCGGUUACUGUGGUGAGAUGGGAGAAUGUCACAACUCUAUCCUGUAAGUCAUAUGGAUAUCCAGCUCCCAGCAUCAUUUGGUACCAGUGCACAGGAACCGACGUCUCAUGCACAGAGAACUCUACAGGACUUGAAACGGAGACGGUGGAGUUUCAUAAGGAACAAUACGGAAGUGUGGGUGUGGAAAGCGUCUUGACCAUCGGAUCAUCUGUUCAGAGAAUGACCGUGGUGUGUGUGGCCUACAAUCUGGUCGGGCGGGACAGUGACAUCUUUGCAAUGGAAGUUUCUGAUAAACAUUUCACCAGCAUUUUAUGCGGAGGUGCGGGGGCCAUGGCGGUGCUUCUCCUGCUUCUCUGCUUCCUGCUUUACAAGUACAAACAGAAACCUAGAUAUGAGGUCCGCUGGAAAAUCAUUGAAACCACAAAUGGAAAUAACUACACCUUCAUAGACCCAACGCAACUACCAUACAAUGAGAAGUGGGAGUUUCCACGAGACAAACUCAAGCUGGGUAAGACUCUGGGUGCAGGAGCCUUUGGGAAGGUGGUGGAGGCUACAGCAUACGGUCUGGGGAAAGACGACAACAUCUUACGUGUUGCUGUAAAAAUGCUUAAAGCCAGCGCUCAUACAGAUGAGCGGGAAGCUCUGAUGUCAGAACUGAAAAUCCUCAGUCAUCUUGGGCAGCACAAGAACAUUGUGAAUCUGCUGGGCGCCUGCACUUAUGGAGGCCCAGUGUUGGUGAUCACUGAGUACUGUUGCCAUGGUGACCUCUUGAACUUCCUGCGUCAAAAAGCUGAAACCUUCUUGAACUUUGUCAUGACGGCCCAGAAUGUUCCAGAGCAGACGAUGGAUUACAAGAAUGUGACCGGCGAUCGGGCAUUUUUCAGAAGUGACAGUGGGAUAUCCAGCACCUGCUCUGAUCAUUAUCUGGACAUGAGACCAGCACUGACAAACUCACUUCUGGAUUCUUCUUGUGAGAAUCAGGAAGAAGAUUCAUGGCCGGUGGACAUGGACGACCUGCUCAGAUUCUCCUAUCAGGUGUCUGAAGGACUUCACUUCCUCGCAGCUAAAAAUUGUAUCCACAGAGAUGUGGCAGCCCGCAACGUUUUGCUUACCGACAAACGUGUGGCUAAGAUUUGUGAUUUUGGGCUGGCACGAGACAUCAUGAACGAUUCCAACUAUGUGGUCAAAGGAAACGCUCGUCUUCCUGUGAAAUGGAUGGCUCCGGAGAGCAUUUUUGAGUGUGUGUACACGGGUCAGAGUGAUGUGUGGUCUUACGGCAUCUUACUGUGGGAGAUCUUCUCAUUGGGUAAGAGCCCGUACCCCAACAUACUGGUGGACUCAAAGUUCUAUAAGAUGAUUAAAUGUGGCUAUCAGAUGUCCAGACCUGAUUUUGCUCCUCCUGAGAUAUAUACAAUCAUGAAGAUGUGCUGGAACCUGGAACCAUCCGAGAGGCCAACCUUCAACAAGAUCAGCCAGCUUAUCGAGAGAUUGUUGGGAGAGACACCAGACCAGCAGGUAAAUACUGAUGCUCAGACAGAGUACCAGAACGUCCAGUCUGAAGCACCUGCUGACCAACAGCUGGAAUCGUGUGAAAUUGUUACCAAUGAAGAAUGUGAGUCAUGUGAGACGUCAUGUGACCAGGAUGAAGACGCACAGCUGCUUACGAAAGUGAACAACUAUCAGUUCUGUUGAGAGUCAGACUGGUUCACAGAUUCACAAUCUCUCCACUGACACAUGGAAACGAAGCUCAGACGCAGUUUAUGUCUACAUGACCCUGAGUCACAAACAUGGAAAGAUGCAAUUUUAAACGCUCUCGAUUGCUUAAUAAUCUUGUUCUUCUAUAGAGUUUGUGUUGUUGACCAGUUUUCACUUAAAUCAUGUAGGACAUCUGACACCAAGCUGCUCAAAAUGAUGAACAAAACAUCAUUGGAAAUUUUGUAAAUGUUUUCUAAAUAUCCUUUUAAAAAAUGCUCAAAACAUUGUCUCGGUACCAGUUUGCGUUUUGCGUUUCUCUGUCCGUGACUUGUUAAGAAAAGACUCACCCGGUUUUUGGGUCACGACCCAGACGCUAAGACUAUGUUGUAAACAGUCCUAAAUUGCUUUGCUAAGUUUAGGUGUGUUGUUACAAACCCAACCGGUUUCACUUCUCAGAUAACACACAUUUACGGAUCUCCAAACCUAACAUUCGGUUUCCUCUUGUACGUAAGCUUGAACUUCCCUGUUCGGGAAUGAUGCUAGUUCAUCACUUUGAGAUGCGAACGCUGCAUGUUGCACUUCCGCAUUUAACACAAUCUGCCUGCCAGUGGUUUCUGUUUUCGCAAUCUUGGAUAAAAUCCUAUAAACAAACAUUUUGCAUUUGCGUGUGAUUCACCUGUUUGCAGCAUGCACUUUAUUUCUGCAGGUGUGAAAGAGCAGGUGAGAGGUGAAUGAAGCAGGUUAGUGAGGUGAGGUGGAAGUCAGCCCUCUGCUCCGGUUCUUAGUCAAUCUUGCAAUGCAAACAAAGUAUUUUACCACCCUUUACUGCUGAUUGUGGUAGUUAGGAGCGAUAAGACGCUCAACGCAGGUCUACAGCAGAACUCCACACCUCUAACGGGUGAAACAUUGACACGCUCGUGGUGCAAUAACGUUUCUGAGGUCAGACGUUCGUUGACUUUAUUUCAUCAGAUGACAGAGGGUUGAAGGUUAAAUGGUUUCUCAUUAAUAAACAACCAUGUUCAUUAUAGAACCCUUUAAAAUAGAGCAACACUGAUUUUAAUUGCCAUAACACAAGGCGAACUAACUGUACAAACUAACAAGUUUCUUGUUGUAUGCGACCCUAUCUGUGAAAUCCAGACUAAAGUCUUAUAGCCUAAUUAAUUCUGAGAUUAAAGGAGAAUCAAAGUUUUAUUUCACUCAUUGAUUUCAGAAGUCAAUAUUAAAGGGAUAGUUCACCAAAAAAUGAAAAUUGUGUCAUCAUCUUGUAUGUUGUUUCAAACCUGUAUAAAUUUCAUUUUAUUUUGAUGAACAUAAAGGAAGAUAUGUUGAUGAAUGUUUUUAACCAAACUAAUCAGAGGCCCCAUUGACUUCUAAAGUUGGAUAAAGAAUACUGUGAAAGUGAAUGGGGUCUCUGAUCACAACAUGAGAGUGAGUAAAUAAUGACAGAAUUUUCAUUUUUGGGUGAACUAUCCCUUUAAGGAAAUCAAGGGUAUAUUUUUAAAGAAUGUUGUUUACAUUAUGUAGGAUGAUUUUAUGUAGAAAAAAAGCAAAUCACUAAUAAAUGACUUUAGCUUGGUUUUUACUGUAAAUGCAGAGUAUUACAUAUUCAAGUAAUUUCACAGUUUUCUCAUUCAUUUAUUUUUGUUUGAAACUUAAAGCUUUUUUUAUUCAAGAGAUGUUCAUAUAAUACAAAAAUUAAGCUAUAUCUCUCUUCUUUUUUUUUACAAUUUGCUUGUUCACCUAUAAUUUUAAAGGUGCAGUGUGUAGAUUUUAGCAGCAACUAGUGGUGAGGUUGCGUAUUGCACCUCUCCCUUUUGAAUAGCAUAGAGAAGCUAUGGUACCGAUCACAGGACAAACAUGUCAUCGUCUAAGACGACACAGUUUGUCCAUUUAGGGCUACUGUAGAAACAUGAUGACGCAAAAUGGCUGCUCCCAUGUAAGGGGACCCCGCAGUGUAUGUAGAUAAAAAACGGCUCAUUCUAAAGUAAUAAAAACAACACAGUUCAUUAUGUAAGGUCUUUAUCCACUGAUAAUAUAGUUAUGUAGAUUAUAUUGCAUUUCUGUCAAGAGAUCCUUCUUAAAUUUACACAAUGCACCUUUAAAGAGAAAAAUCUUUACAUUUUGUGGUACAUUUGUACAAAAGUAUCUCUUUGUUUGAAUAAUUUUGCAUUAAAUGUAGCACCAGACACAUACUGCCAUAUAGAGUAACCCAAGGUACUCUUGAGUUCUCAAAAGACAUUAUAUUGUUUUUACAUUGGUCUUAUAGAAAUGUAACAUUUUUUGUAUCUAUUGUUAAAUCUGACAAGUUUAUUCCUGAAUUUAUCAAUGAUGUCUCAGACUGAACAUUUUAUGUCAUGAAUAAAAUUCUGUUUGUGGGGAAUUAAAGCUUUAUCGGUAACAUUUAACAAUAAGGUUUUAAUUGGUUACAAUUAGUUAAUACAUUAGCUAACAUGAACUAUCAAUGAUCAAUACUUCUACAGCAUUUAUUAAUCUUAGUUAGUUCACCAUGAACUAACAUGAAUAACUGUAUUGGCAUUUUUAACUAACAUUAACAAGAAUUAUGCUGAAAUGCUGAAAGCUAUAUUGCUCAUUGUUUGUUUAUGUUAAUUAAUGCAUUAACUUAUGCUUACUAAUACAACUUCAUUGUAAAGUGUUAGCACUUUAUCAUUGAUGAUUAAUCAUAUACAGAUAUAAACAUGUUUCUAACUUCCUACUGUAUGAUACUAAUAAAUCUUUAAAAAUGUCA